AUGGCUGCACUGCUACUGAACUUGGGCUCGCUUUCGCCUCUGUUGUUAUACCUUCUCCUCAGCUCUUUGUUCACUGUCAUCCCGGGGAGUGCAGCACAGCCGUUCUGCCGCUUCCCGUGCACCCACCCAGCCCCCGGAGACACUCAAAGCGCCAGCUUGCACGACAGAACGGUAACGGGGGCUUUGGCUGGGGGCAAUUGGAAGAUCCACCCUGCACGGACGCGUGGACGUCAAUUUAAAUGUCUAACGUGCGAACAAUGCUUACGAACCGGUGCAUUGGGAAUCUCCUCAGGUCCGUUGCGUCUGGAAUACCGGAAUUCUAGAAUAUGUAUAUUAAAACCGGCACCGCACACCGGACGCUGUCAUCAUCAGCCAGCUUGGAGUGACGGUGGCGGCGGAGAGAAGGGCGUUGUUUCUCAUGUUCUCGGCUCUCCAUUUCAGUGGGGCAAAAAGAGGACUAUACAAAGGACUAGAGCGUGCUCGUGGCCACAGACACAUCCACACCUCGCCAAGGACAGGGCUGUUGUGCAAAGAGAGCACCAGAAGUUGGAUUGUGCUGUGUUUUGCUCGCAGGUGGAUAACAGUAGAACCGUGGAAAGGAAAUCAAGGCCUACGGGAGUAAAACGGGAGUUUAGCGCUGACAAGAGACCAGCCCAGCCGUUAUCAAAAGAGUAUUCACAUUCUAGUGUGGCUUGCAUUGUUUUGGACGCCAGUAAAUUAAACGAAGCGACAACGGACCGUCCCCUUUCAGCCUCCUUGAAUGUUUUUAAAACAGGGUUUGAGAAUGCCCGUGGGUGCACAGAACCACGCGUACAGCACCUCUCUCCGGAGCUAGUGGGCGAAGCAAACAGCUGUCUCGAGUCACACCGGAUCACGGAAGCUGCUGUCGUGUGCACAGGUUGUUCUGAAAGACAUCCAGCCUGGCACAGCAGUGACUGGCACCGGUUCAACACCUCUCUGAGGCGCGCGGUAGGCGUAAGCUCUGCUGUCUAUGGAAGGCGGCCAGAAGAAAAUACAAACACCACAUUUUCAUACAACAACUCGUUAUUACUAUGUGUGAAUGCCGAAGCUGGUAAACCCAACGAGCUGAAUUGUGCACUCAAACGGACUGAUGCGUUGCGCGAGACUGCUUGGGAUUUAAUGCCACAGGCUGACUGGGGCGACGACAUCUCUCCUGUUGAUACAGCUCCGUCUGAUGACAGAAAAGGUAAUUAUCAUAGAUCAGCUGAAAUCAGCGCGGCUCACUUUGACUCGAAUAUCAGUGAUGAGUACAAGGCUGACUCAUCUGUUACCGACACUACCAGGGGUCUUAAUGCAUCAAAUAUCUACCUCCUAGUUGAGCUAAACUUCACUAAACGAUUCUAUGACUCACAACUUCACAGUGCUCGCGCGGAGAGCGCGAGAGAAGAAUCAGCACCAGCCGCUCAGUGGACAGCGCCAAGCGCGAGCUCCGUGAACUUUCUUGAAAGUUUGGCUCUGAGGAAUUGGAACAGCAACAAUAACAACUGCGCAAAAAAUUGUAAUAAUAAUAACAACAACAAUAAUAGCAGCCCUGAUGAUCAAAAUGUCAAUGAAACACAAUAUAUUUCUGUCAGUGAAGACAGCGACUUCACAAAACGGGACAGCUCACGCUAUCCUUGCUCUUCUGCGGGUGCAGAGCUCGAUGACUACAACGCUGACGAUAGCUUGACCGCCGAUGGGGGAGACAUACGGCCGCAAUUAAAAUCCGGUAAACGGGUGUCAUUACAAGCAGAGGGUGUCAGUCAGCAAGAGGAGCAGCUGGAGGCCCCUGUUGAGUGCGGUAGGAGGGAGGGAGAGACAGAGGGCGGAGUGAAAGGAGAGGUGAGGGGAAAGGGUGUCAGACAGCCUGUAGAGAGAGAAAUCCAGGAAAGCAUGGAGUGGGUGAUUGUAGAAGACACAAAGGAUGAGGCAGUGGAGAAUGGCACAAAUUCACCGAAAGAGGGAGGAAAAGGUCAAGGUAAUGGAACCUUUCAGUCAGACAGAGAGGGAGAAGAAAUAAAAGAGUGGGACAAAAAUGAGGGAAUGUGGACUGAGCUUAAACAUAGUGGAGAUGGGGCAGAAAACAUACAAAAACAUUUAAACACCAUGAAACAAAAAGAGGGAGAGAGUGUUAAAGUGCAGAGAAGAGAAGAGCAGGGGUACGAUGAAGAGCAGGCAGGUGUCCCGCCUGUUGGGCGCUCCCGCAGAGCUGCUAACCGACACCCCCAUUUCCCCCAGUACAACUAUCAGGUUCAGGUCGCCGAGAACCAGCCUCCUGGUACGUCAGUCAUAACUAUGACAGCUGAGGACGCUGAUGCUGGUGAGGCUGGCAGACUCAGUUACAGCAUGGCCCCUUUAAUGAACAGCAGGUCCACGGAUUACUUCCAAAUCGACCCAAUUACUGGCCUUCUCUCUACCACACACAUUCUAGAUAGAGAGCACAUGGACCUGCAUUAUUUCCGAGUCACUGCCACAGACCACGGCUCACCACGCCUUUCUGGAACAACUAUGGUGACCAUCACUGUGGCUGACCGUAACGAUCACUCUCCUGUGUUUGAGCAGACAGAGUACCGUGAGACAAUUAGAGAGAAUGUUGAAGAGGGAUAUCCUAUUCUACAACUACGUGCAACUGAUCUCGACUCACCGGCUAAUGCCAACAUACGUUACCGGUUUAUUGGAGAAAGUGCGGCUGUUGCACGUUCUGCGUUCGAGAUUGACCCACGAUCAGGAUUGAUUACAACACGAGGCAUUGUUGACAGAGAAGCAAAUGAGCGUUACACAUUGCUGGUUGAAGCAAGUGACCAAGGAAGAGAGCCAGGUCCAAGAUCGGCUACUGUUAGCGUCCAUAUUACUGUGUUGGAUGAGAACGACAAUGUGCCACAGUUCAGUCAAAAGCGAUAUGUGGUUGCUGUUAGAGAGGAUGUUCGCCCACAUUCAGAAAUCCUCAAAAUUAGCGCUUCAGACCUGGAUAAAGAUGGGAAUGCUGCUGUGCAUUAUAACAUUAUUAGUGGGAACAGCCGUGGACAGUUUGCGAUCGACAGCGUUACUGGGGAAAUCCAGGUAGUCGCACCACUGGACUUUGAGACAGAACGAGAAUACACACUACGUUUGCGCGCUCAGGACAAUGGCCGUCCGCCUCUUUCCAACAACACUGGAAUUGUGAGCGUGCAGGUCACCGAUGUCAACGAUAAUCCACCAAUCUUUGUAUCCACGCCAUUCCAGGCUACAGUGCUGGAAAGCGCUCCUAUUGGUCACUCCAUUCUCCAUAUACAAGCUAUUGAUACAGAUAACGGUGACAAUGCACGCCUGGAAUACCGUUUAACAGGGACUGGCACAGAUACACCAUUUGUUAUCAAUGCUGCCACUGGUUGGGUCACAGUGAGCUCAGAACUUGACCGUGAAUCAGUAGAGCACUACUUUUUUGGUGUUGAGGCACGGGAUUAUGGCACCCCGCCCCUUUCUGCCACAGCUAGUGUUACGAUCACAGUGAUGGAUGUUAAUGAUAACAGGCCAGAAUUUCUUCAAAAAGAGUAUUAUGUCAGACUCAAUGAGGAUGCUGCUGUUGGCACAAGUGUGGUCAGUGUAACUGCAGUUGACCGUGAUGUAAACAGUGCAGUCACAUAUCAAAUCACUGGCGGAAACACACGUAAUCGAUUUGCCAUUAGCACAGCCAGUGGUGGUGGUCUGGUCUCUUUAGCGCUGCCUUUGGACUACAAACAGGAGCGUCGCUAUGUGCUGACAGUUACUGCCUCGGACAGAACACUCCACGACACCUGUCAGGUACACGUCAACAUCACAGAUGCCAACACACACCGCCCAGUGUUCCAGAGCGCUCAUUAUUCAGUCAGUGUGAAUGAGGACCGGCUUCCGGGCAGCACCGUGGUGGUUAUAAGUGCCACAGACGAAGACGUUGGAGAAAACGCACGCAUCACUUACUAUUUGGAGGACAACAUUCCACAGUUCCGUAUCGAUACUGCAACUGGAGCAAUCACACUUCAAGCCGAACUAGACUAUGAAGACCAGAUGACCUACACUCUUGCCAUUACAGCUCGUGACAAUGGAAUCCCACAAAAAUCUGACACCACAUAUGUGGAGGUUAAUGUUAAUGAUGUUAAUGACAACGCACCUCAGUUCUUGAGCCCCAGAUACCAGGGCGGCGUCAGUGAGGAUGCCCCGCCCUUCACUAGUGUUCUGCAAAUCUCCGCCACUGACCGUGAUGCUCAUGCCAAUGGCCGUGUCCAGUAUACAUUCCAGAAUGGAGAAGAUGGUGAUGGUGAUUUCACCAUCGAACCGACUUCCGGAAUAGUCCGGACUGUCAGGAGACUUGACCGUGAAAGUGUUCCAUUCUAUGAGCUGACAGCAUAUGCCGUGGAUCGAGGGGUUCCACCUCAGCGAACGCCUGUACACAUUCAAGUCAGUGUUAUGGAUGUCAAUGACAAUGCUCCAGUCUUCCCUGCUGAUGACUUUGAGGUUCUAGUGAAAGAGAACAGUGCUGUUGGGUCUGUUGUAGCUCAGAUUACAGCGACAGAUCCAGAUGAGGGCCCAAAUGCUCAGAUUAUGUAUCAGAUUGUGGAAGGCAAUAUUCCAGAAAUCUUCCAAAUGGACAUUUUUUCAGGGGAACUCACUUCUUUAAUUGACCUUGACUAUGAGACACGGAAUGAGUAUGUAAUUGUUGUCCAAGCCACAUCAGCGCCACUAGUGAGUCGGGCCACAGUGCGGAUCCGACUUGUUGACCAGAAUGAUAAUGGGCCCCAAAUGCAAGACUUUCAAAUAAUCUUUAACAACUUUGUAUCCAACCGUUCAAACACUUUCCCAAGUGGGGUUAUAGGAAGGGUUCCAGCCCAUGACCCAGAUGUUUCGGAUCGUCUCUAUUACACUAUAGAUCGUGGAAAUGAGCUGCAUCUGCUACUGCUAAACCACACAAGUGGAGAGAUCCGUCUGAGCCGAAAACUGGACAACAACCGACCACUGGUGGCCCCAAUGGUGGUCACCGUCACUGAUGGCAUUCACAGCGUCAGUGCUCAGUGUGUUUUGCGGGUUUUCAUCAUCACAGAGGAGAUGCUCAGCAGCAGCAUCACAGUGCGACUCCAGAACAUGUCCCAGGAGCACUUCCUAUCCCCUCUGCUCACUCACUUCCUGGAAGGGGUGUCAGCAGUGCUGUCAGUUUCUCCUGACGAUGUGUUUGUGUUUAACAUACAGCCGGAUGCAGAUGCUGGAAAGGUGCUUAAUGUUAGUUUCUCAGCUGCAUUGCCAGGAGGACAGUUUUUCCCAUCAGAGGCACUAGAGGAGCAGCUCUACCUCAACAGGCCUAGACUCAAUGCCCUUGCACAUAUGGAGGUUCUCCCGUUUGAUGAUAAUGUGUGUUUGCGUGAACCGUGUCAGAACUACAUGAAGUGCAUCAGUGUCCUCCGCUUCAACAGCUCAGCCCCCUUUAUUGCCUCCCCAUCAACACUGUUCCGGCCCAUACAUCCAAUCACAGGCCUGCGCUGCCGCUGCCCGGCGGGGUUCACCGGAGAUUACUGCGAGAUUGAAAUUAACCUCUGCUACUCGAACCCCUGCAUGAAUGGAGGAGUGUGUGCUCGCAGGGAGGGAGGGUACACCUGCAUCUGUCGAGAAGAUUACACGGGUGAGCGGUGUGAGUUUGACCGGCGUGCUGGGAAGUGUGUGGCAGGUGUUUGUCGCAAUGGUGGUACGUGUCGCGAGCUCUCUGGAGGGGGUUUCAGGUGUGAGUGUCCUACAGGAGGUUAUGAGAGGCCUUACUGCUCUGUCACCACCAGAUCCUUCCCGCCAAAAUCAUUCAUCAUGUUCAGAGGCCUUCGACAACGAUUUCACCUCUCCAUCUCUCUCUCGUUUGCCACAUUGGAAGGUAAUGGUUUACUUUUCUACAAUGGUCGAUUUAAUGAGAAACAUGACUUCCUUGCUCUGGAGAUACUGGACGGACAAGUGGUUCUUAAAUAUUCCACAGGUGAGAUUUCUACUCAGGUUAGUCCGUAUCUGCCUGGCGGAGUGAGUGACGGCAACUGGCACACUGUUCACAUCCAUUACUAUAACAAGCCAAGGCACAGUGUGAGUGGGGAGGUUCAGGGCCCAUCUGAUGAGAAGGUUGCAGUCUUGAGUGUGGAUGACUGUGAUACUGCCAUUUCCCUGAGAUUCGGAAUCCAGCUUGGCAACUACAGCUGUGCUGCUCAGGGAAGACAGACAAGCAACAAGAAGUCUUUGGAUCUGACAGGCCCAUUGUUUUUGGGUGGAGUUCCUAACCUGCCAGAGAAUUUUCUAUUCAGUACAAGAGAAUUUAUUGGCUGCAUGAAAGACCUGCACAUUGAUAACAGACCAGUGGACAUGGCAGGAUUCAUUGCUAAUAAUGGCACCUUACCAGGCUGUAGUGCCAAAAUGCCUUUCUGUAAAUCGAACCCAUGCCAGAAUGGGGGCACAUGUAGGGUUAGUUGGGAGACGUUCUCCUGUGACUGCCCUGUUGGAUUUGGAGGGAAGGACUGCAGCCAAGUCAUGUCCCACCCCCAUCGCUUCCUUGGUAACAGUGCGCUGUGGUGGGACCUGAAGAAUGACGUGACCAUCACCACGCCCUGGUACAUGGGGCUGGUGUUCCGCACUAGGUCGAAAGAAGGAGUUCUCUUGCAGGCUCAAGCUGGACAAUACACCAGCUUAAUCUUUCAGGUUAUAUCAGGUCAGCUGGUGUUUUCUGUGGCGCGAGGUUCUGCUCGGCCAAUCCGGUUAAGACUGGAUCAAGUUCAAGUGUCUGAUGGACGCUGGCAUGACAUACAGCUCGAGCUACGUGAUGUCCGGAGUGGACGAGAGACUCGAUAUAUUGCCACAGUCAGACUGGACUUUGGACUGUAUCAGGGAACAGUAAUUGUUGGAAAUGAGAUUAAUGGUGUGAAGGUGAAGCACCUGCAUGUGGGCGGAGUUUUAGGGUCAGGAGAGGUGCAAAAUGGCAUGCGUGGCUGUAUUCAGGGGGUGCGUCUGGGGGUGCGUCCUGAUUCCCCUGCAUUGCCCCGGCCCUCCAGAACCAUCAAAGUGGAGACUGGCUGUAAUGUUGGCAACCCCUGUAACUCCUCACCUUGCUCCGCCCGCAGUCACUGCACUGACGAAUGGGAUCGCCACGUCUGUGUUUGUGAACCAGGAUUCUAUGGUAAAAGCUGUAUGGAUGCAUGUCAGCUCAACCCAUGUGAGAAUCAAGCAAAGUGCCACAGGAAGCCCAGCUCUUCUCAUGGAUAUAUCUGCGACUGUGAGGACAGUCACUACGGACAGUACUGCCAACACAGGAUCGAGCAACAGUGUCCUCGUGGUUGGUGGGGCAGCCCAACAUGUGGACCUUGCCACUGUGAUGCCAGUAAAGGUUUUGACACAGACUGCAAUAAGACCACUGGAAACUGCCACUGCAAGGAGUUUCAUUAUCGACAGCGGGGAAGUGAUGUAUGCCUGCCAUGUGACUGCUACCCAGUGGGCUCCUUCUCAAGGUCAUGUGACACAGAGAGCGGCCAGUGCCAGUGCAGACCUGGCGUGAUUGGCCGACAGUGCAACAUGUGUGACAACCCAUUUGCGGAAGUCACACAAACAGGCUGUGAAGUGAUCUACGAUGGCUGUCCUAAAACCAUAACAUCAGGAAUCUGGUGGCCCAGAACAAAGUUCAACCUGCCUGCGGCUGUACCCUGUCCUAAAGGAUCAGUGGGAACUGCAAUUCGGCACUGUGAUGGAGAAAGAGGAUGGCUAGAUCCUGAUCUGUACAACUGCACCUCUCCUCCUUUUGUGGAGCUGAACACAGCUCUGGAGGCGUUGGAACGUAACGAGACAGAGCUCAACACCAUCAUUGAAAAGAAACUGGCCCAUCAGCUUCGUGAUGUCACAGAGGCAACAAUCCGUCUCUAUGGAAAUGACCUUCUGAUAGCUGAGCGACUGUUGUCCCGCCUUCUGACCUUUGAGGGCCUCCAGUCAGGCUUCGGUUUGACAGCCACUCAGGAUGCGCAUUUCAAUGAGAAUUUGUUACGAGGCUGUAGUGUUUUGUUGGGUCCGGGCAGUGCUACGUUAUGGAGGGGUCAAAUUUCAGGUCAGAGCGGAGCUGCGGGAUUGGCUGAUCUUCUGGAGCAGUACACCCGCACACUUGCCCAGAAUAUGAAACAGACCUACCUCAAUCCUGUGGCACUCGUCACCCCAAACAUCGUCUUGACUCUGGAUCGUGUUGACAACCAUACACAUGUGCGGCGCCGGUUUCCACGGUAUCACAGCACUCUUUUCCGGGGUCAAGCACUUUGGGAUGCUCACACACAUGUUGUGCUGCCACCUACUGUAUUAGUGCCACAGCGCAACUUUUUCUCAGCUCCAUCUCCAGCUGGCCCUGUGAAUCUGUUGGCCAAUCAGACAAUAGAAGCAACAGCAGCACGGCGGUCUUUGGCACUGCAAGAGGCACCUGUCACCAUUGUCAUUAUCCUCAUCUAUCGGAGCCUGGGGGCUUCACUGCCCCCCAAAUACCACACAGACCGCCGUGGCGUCAGGUUACCCAGGCACCCUGUGUUGAACUCCCCUGUAGUGAGUGUUUCUGUGUAUAACAACCAGACGUUUGUGGAGGGUUUUCUUGACACUCCGGUCCAGCUGGAGUUCCGUCUGCUGGAGACCAGUAAUCGUAGCAAACCGCUGUGUGUGCAGUGGAAUAACAGCAGCCCUGUAUCAGCAGGGGGCUGCUGGACUGUGAGAGACUGUAGUGUGGUCUAUAGAAACACAUCACAUGUUCGCUGUCAGUGUCACAGAUUGGGAACAUUUGGAGUCCUUAUGGACAGCUCACAAAGAGAGCAGUUAGAGGGUGACCUGGAGACCCUCGCCAUAGUAACAUACUCCUCACUCUCAGUUUCUAUGGCAGCGUUGUUUCUAACAGUGCUGGUUUUAUUGUGCCUGAGGGGACUGAAAUCAAACACACGCAGUAUUCAUUCCAACAUGGCUGCUGCUACUCUCCUUUCCCACCUCACAUACCUGCUGGGUAUCAACCAGACUGAACAACAGUUCUUGUGUACGGUGGUUGCGAUCCUGCUCCAUUACUUCUUCAUGUCAGCUUUUGCGUGGCUGUUUGUGGAGGCUCUGCACAUUUACCGCAUGCAGACAGAAGCAAGAAACAUCAACUAUGGAGCCAUGAGAUUCUACUAUGCUAUAGGCUGGGGAGUUCCUGCCAUCAUUACAGGCCUGGCAGUGGGGUUGGAUCCAGAGGGGUAUGGUAACCCAGAUUUCUGCUGGAUCUCCAUGUACGAUAAGCUCAUGUGGAGCUUUGCGGGACCAGUUAGCGUUGUCAUACUGAUGAAUGGUGGAAUGUUUUUAACUGUCCUACGUAUGACGUGUAACCCAACUCAAAAAGAGAUAAAAAAGCUGCCUGUAAUUUCUACUAUCCGCAGUGCCUUCCUCCUGUUGUUGCUGAGUACUUGUGUUUGGUUAUUUGGUUUGAUGGCUGUUAAUAAUAGCGUCCUGGCAUUCCACUACCUAUUCAUUGUCCUCUGUAGCGUACAGGGCUUGGCCGUACUGUUGGUUUUUACAGUCCUAAACUCAGAGGUACAGGAGGCCUGGAAACUGGCCUGUCUGGGCAAGAAAAGUCCCGGUGAAGAGCCUCCCAGACCUCCACAGAUUACUGGCCAAAACCCGAACAACAGCGCCUCCCUGCUCGAACAGAGCGGAUUACAUCGGAUCACACUUGGAACUUCAACCAUCUCAUCAGUCAGCAGUGCAAGGGAGAAUCUCUUGGCACGGCAGACUCUUGAACACACUCUAGCUCACACAGGGGCCACUGACCUGGACGUGGCAAUGUUUCACCGCAACGGAGGUACACUAAAACACAAUAACUUGCAUGCAUGUGAAGACUCUGACUCAGAUUCUGAUCUUUCAUUGGAAGAGGAGAGGAGUCUGUCCAUCCCAUCUUCAGAGAGUGAGGACAAUGUUCGUCUGCGUGGACGCAUCCAGCGACGCUUCAAACGGACUGGACAUGGCGAACGUUUACUCACAGAGCCCUCCCACAACGGUGGAAAAGAUCUGGAUGGCAAUGACCUGCUCUCCUAUUGGCCAGCGCUGGAAGGGUGCAAGGCGCACUCUCUUCAGAAAUGGGGCUCAGAGCGCCGCCUAGGGGGCGAUUACAGCAAGGACGCAGCUAAUAACAACCAGCCAGAUGCAGCGCUCACAAGUGGGGAUGAGAAUGGGCUAACACACAGACACCGGAAGGGAAUCCUAAAGAAUCGUCUGGGCUGCCCUCCUGCUCUGCAAGGCCUGUCUGCUGUGGGUCGUGCUCCUAGUGAGAUGUCUUGGUACAAGACCUCCACGUUGGGUCACCGAGGUGUCCCAGCUGCCUCCUAUGGUCGUAUGUACUCCGGUACUGGCUCACUGUCCCAACCUGCUUCCCGAUACUCCUCUCGGGAACACCUAGAUUCAUUUGCCCGACAACAGCGAUCCCGCGACAACCUUGACCUGUUGCCACGACGACGCGAGUUUGGUGCUGAACACCUGGGUGGGUCAAGAGAGAGGCUGGGCCCUGUUCACAGCAUCCAUGCAUCCAGGGAGGAUCUGGUGGCCAGGGGUGGGAUGGUAGGGUUAAUGGGGGCGGAGAGCUCAUUAAGUGGAUCAAGAACACAGCUUAACACUCUAACAAGGCAACAGGCCCCUCGGGAACACCUUGGGGGGGCACUGAUGAGCAGUCGGUCUCGGGAACAGUUGGAGUCUAAUGGUGGAUCACAACCAUGCAGGGAGUGGCUGAGAACCCUGCCACCUCGACAGCUCUCACACCCUGAGCCACACCCACCCUCCUCACCCCCUCCACCAAUCACAGAAGAGCCCCAUGAAACCCUGCCCUCUUACCGUGGACGGCUAGACUCCGCCCCUCCAUGUAGGUACCCUUCAUCUGCAGCUGCACCUGGAGCCCCAUCUAGUCGCCCACCCUCUAGUGAACAUCUCGAUAUCCUCUCCUCUAUACUUGCUUCCUUCAACUCCUCUGUCUUAACCCCACCCCCUAACCCUGUCGCCACAUCAGCUGGCCCCUCCCCUUCCCCGCCUCCUCUGUCUGCAACCUCUCAGAGCAUCUCUGAAGUGUCACCUGACUCUGAAGUUAACAGAAGUGAUGGACAAUCUUGAUGAUUCCCUCACAGCCCUGUAAUGCACUUCUGCAGACGGGCUCAAGAGGAUCACAGGACAUAACCGACUGGAGCUAUGAGGACUCCUACUAAACACUUGAG